AUGGAUCGCGACUCGCCCAAGGAUCCGGGCGUGCGUACUGCGAAACCCAACGGUCGAAAGAACGCGGUCCAACCCUUCGGCCCAGGCACCAGACGACCAGCGAGAAAGAACAGCAUCGCAUCCGCGACCGACGCAGGCGCGGCCACGAACACGAGACCCAGGAUCGCGAGACCCAACACACACCAGUCUCGACAAUCCGAGUCCUUCGCAUCGCGUCCCAAUCCGAGCUAUAGCCUAAAUCGAAGCAUUAGCAACAGCACCACUUUUGGUGCCUCUAGAGAUCCUACAUCGCCGCGCGACACACGCAUUCCCCGCCCCAAGACCACGGCUCCCAUCGCCAACCAUCCGAGUACCUCUAGUCAACAUAGCCAGUCCCCAUCUUCCCCAAUGCGCCAACCGAUGGACCUCACGGCAGCCUUCCGGCGCGCCAUGGAACAGGAGGCAGAAGAGCACAACGAUUCCGAUGACACGGUCAGUUCACGUCAGUCCUUCAACCUGGCGAGCGCGCGAGUCAAUGGAACCAGAGGGGUCGACGGGUCGCCUAGUCCAGCACCUCGUACAUACCGCCGCGACUCGCACCUCACGUUUCCCAGGAGAACAACAGGAAACAGGAGAGACAGUGAUCUAGGACGCCAUCUACAACAGUUUGACCAACAUCAUCAGCUAAACGGCGGCAAUGGGCCUCUCAAUGGCUUGUUCACCAAGAACCGAAUUGGGCCCAAGGUUUCUGAGACAGGCCACGCCCUCGCCAAGAAGGCCAGCGACAGCAGCCUUAGGGGCAGCCCGAGUAGCCGUCCGACGAGUCACCGAGGACGCAGCCCAAAUAAGCAUGAGAAUGCAAAAGCAAUGGGGACAUCCGAAAGCCCGGCUAGUGACCGUGCUGGCCAGGAACGCGCUGCUGAGGACAUUCCUGUGCCAUCCAUCGAGUAUCAGUCUGCCAGUGACGAUCGAUCUUCGCCGUCUCCCAGGCCCACUCAUCCAUCACCUGAGAAGAGUCAUAAUUGGCACCUCGAUGCUGAUUUCACUGCCGGAGACUUGCAAAUUUCUGCCAGUCCUCGUGUUCGACUGGUGGAAACCAAAGCAGAUCCAAACGGAGAAUCUACCGACCCAGUCAACUCACCGGCACCAGGGACGCCAAGUUACCGCCGAAGCAACACUCGGCUUCAACAGAUUCGAGAGCGAGAAGUCGAAGCCGCAAAGGCUUCUUUCCCAGAGGAUGAGUCAUCGUUGCGGAAGGAAUCCCCUUUACGGGUCCGAAAGAACACUAGACUCGACGAGUUACGAGCUCGAGAGAUGGAGGCUGUGUCGAGGCGAGCAGUGGCUUCGAGCCGGCUUGAUGAGAUACGAAUCAAAAAUUUCGAGGCUCGCUCCAAAUCGCCAGAGGUACAAAGGCCUGCUGGUAAGGAAAACGUGGAAAGUGGACCAGUGCAAGUUCCGCCUCAGAGCGAGUCUCUGGCAAUUCCCAAGAAUAACUCGGAUCCUAACCUGAGAGGAGAAGCAAUCACCGGUACACCAAUUACCGUCUUCAGAAACCUAAACAAUAAAGAUGACGACGCGUCAUCUCGACUGAAAGAGGGUGGUGUUCUUAAGGUUCAAGAUGACGACAAAAGUGGGCCAUUACCUAGAAAUGAUUCCCAUGAACUGCUUCGACGUCUGGCUCGUGCGACCAGCUCUAGCCCGCCUGGGGAGAAAGGUGAGGAAACCGAAAAGCCCGAAGAACACACGACAACAGUUGAGCUUCCUCUCAAACCCGUCUCCGACGAGAGGGACAGCAGUCGUCCUCGCUUGACCAGAGAGGAGAGAAGGUCUCGAAACCUUGAAGUUAAGGGCUCCAGGGAGAGACCGACCGUGGGUUUCGUAGGCCUACGAAGAGUCUUGUCAAGUGAUUCAACGCGAGAAAAACGAGCGAGUCUGGCAAAUUCUGAAGCGGAUCCUACCGACCGCAUCGAGGCUGAAAUGGACCUCUUUGCUCUUGCGGAUAACUACUCAGAGAAGGGCUCUGUUAGAGCUCCCUCCCCUGAUCCAUCUGAGCCAAUGGAGGAAGAGACUCCUCGACCGACCAGGAUAGAUCCGAUGACACUACCAACACCCCGUGUCACUGGUGCGUAUGUCAAGACACCCGCCACCGUCCGGGUGAAAGAAGAAACCCGUCUCUCCAAAGACCAAGAAGAACUUUCCGGCUGUCUACCAGUACUAUCGCCAGAAAUCAUUCCUGUUGCCCGCAAUCGGGAUUCCAGCAGGUCUCCGAUAAAACAGCCCAUCAACAACCCUGCGAGAGACAGGGCGAAGGCAUCGGGGAGUUCUUUGCCGAGGUCUUCAUCGGUCCCAGCGACGCGACGUCGCGCUAGGUCCUCGUCUAGACACAGAAGACAUCCUCCGAUCAACACGGCCAAGCCACCAACGGUCCGAGAUGACAUCCGAGCCAUCUUACGCACCAACCAAAUCGACGACUCGACUUUGGAAGAUUUCGAUUCAAUUCUUGCUAGCCAGGAGACUGACGACAAAGAGCUGCGGCAAAUGAUAGAUGAGACACUGCUCAAAGUGGAAGACAACCUUGCAGCCCCUGAGAUCACGGAUCGUGAGCGCGAACUCGACGCUUACGACCGGAUGAGCAAGUCGCUCAAGACUGGUCUGCUAGGCAUUCGCUCCGCCAAGAAGGGGAUCGAGCGCCUGGAAGACAAGGUUACCCACACCGAGCCAAAGGAUAACCAGGUUCUUGCUGACCCGGAUAUUCCCAGCACGAAGUUCACGGCCCAUGCAACCCCCAUGUCGACUGAACGAGCGGCCUUCAUGAUCACUAUCCCUCCGCUUUACCGCAGGACGCCGAGAUUCAGGCUCACCACCUUUGGCCUCUUGACACUCCUUUUGGCUGUCUGGUACGCGCUGGAGUCUGCUUUCUCUUUUCUCUACGCUGGUCCCCAGUAUGAGUGUACACCACGCGUACCUUGCGACUGGUCGCCCAAUGAGCCGUACUUUCCAUACACGAUGCCUUUCAUGUUGGAUGAAUGGACUACGGGAGGCAAGGGAAGAGCGAUGACUUGGCGGAUCGGAGAGGAAGUUGGAGACGUUGUUGCGGAAAUCUCUGAUUGGGUCACGAAUACCGACUUCACUCAGUUCGACCAGACGUACAUGAACGUGUGGGAGCGCAAGAGACAACGAAGACGCCUACGAAAACAUGGCCUGGUCCCCAAAUGGGUAGAGCCGCCCGGUUACCAGUCCCAAUACUUACAAUGGCACUCGGCAAAGGUCGCGCGGGAGCCGGCUGAGGAGUAUGGGUACGACUUUGAUUAUGAGAGUAUGGGUGCAGACGAGGUAAUUGGGUAA